AAGGAAAGAAAAACGAAUGGCUUGCAAUUAAAAGGCCUAGACAGCAAAGGCAUCAUCAUCAUCAUUAUCAUCGUCUCUCCCUCCCCACCCCCACUUGUCUCUCUCUCUCUCUCUCUCUCUCUCUGCUUCUUUCAACAUGCAAAGACAGUCUCUAGGCUCGCCUGGGUCGAAGCUCCAAAGCCAUGGCGUAGGAAAAGAAGAGAGGGUCGAUGAGGAGGACCAUAAGAAAAGGGAAAGCGCCGGUGUUGGCGGUUGUGGAGCCGUUGCGGACGAAGAAGAGAACAAGGGAGAGAAGCUUCACCGGUCGAUGACUUACCGGGCCGACAGAUCCAUACAUCUGAUACCAAUCAUCACGAUCUUCUGCUUUCUCGUUCUCUACCUUUGUUCUUACGAUCCUUCUCAAAAAGAUUUAGCUCAUUUCAAUGGUUUCCAGAGGUCCUCGAAGCCCAUAGAUUCGACAGAGAUCGGAGAUUUCGGGCGGUUUAUAGAUAUAGAGAAAGGAGAUUUGUUGGCGAUACGGAGCCAUCGGAGCUUGCAGGAGGUCGGGAGGGAUGCUCGUAAAUCCCGGUUCCACCGAAAAAUCGCCGAUUUCUAGAUCGCAUUAUCCGGUUCUUUUCCAAUCCUCUCUUCCUUUGCUCUGAUGUGCUCUGUCGCUGCUUCCAUAGUUCCACCCUUGGCUUCGCACGCUCGAGUUCUUGGCUUCUGCUGGAACUCGCGCGUGUGUAACUGGCUCGCGGCCAUUUGGCUGCACUUGUGCCUCUCUCUGAUUAGAGAUUGUAUAAAGAAACAGACUACGGGUCUCCAUUUUUACACGAUACAGACUACACAGAAGAAUAAAACUCAGCCCUUUCUCGCUCCUCAGUUUCCUUACAGAGCCGAGAUUGCUAACGUGCACCCGUUUAGUUGCCUCUAGUAACCUGUGCCACUGCGCUGCUUUCCAGCUGGAAUUGACCGUUGCUGUCUCCGAGCGAGCUCGGUUGAAUCGCCAGCUGGGAAGAGUACUUGUUGAUCAGAUUGUACAGGUCCGCGUGGCGUUGGUUAGUAAUGGCAGCGCACGAUUUAUGUUCUUCCUCUUUAAAUUUUCUGCUUAAAAUCGGCGAUUACCGGCAUGCCGAAAAAUAAUCGCCGCUUGGAAAGAUCACGUGUCGGGUUACUUCACUACUGUAGAACCAACACGUCAUAUCACUGUACACAACACACGAGUCGUGUUCGUGUGCGUGUGCGUUGAUGCCAUUCGUGGGGCCCGCCACCGAUAAUGGGCGAACCGGGAGAGGAAAGAAACGGUCUAGCCGGUACUCAGCAGAGGUUGCUACGACCCUUAUAGAAAUAACGGUCAAGAUUCUCUCCAUCGUUUGUAAGGGCCAUGAUUAUCCAAUGUAUCACGGGUUUCAUGUUAUCUAGCGCUGAAAUAGAAGAUGGGUCCCCCUCUGACUUUAUCUUAUUUUAUUCCAAUCGAAAGAUUGAGGGAGGAGGGUGAAUGAGCGUUGUAGUAUAUGAAUUGAUGAUUGUCCAAAUUUAAGAGUGAAAGCGAUUGCCGGUGUCGGUGACUUUAUCUCAAAAUAUAUGCGGGCCACCGAAUUAUGGUGCGUCGGUGUCAUUAUUUUGCC